AAUGCCCCGGAUGCCUCGUGUCGACCAGUUUAAAAUCUUCCACCUUGGUCUAAACUCAGACUGCGUCCUUCAUACCACCACACGUCAAUUGCUUGAAGCCUUUGAAGUUUUUGAAACAUGUCGGAACCAACAGCAGCACAGCUUAAGGACGAGGGCAACGAUUUCUUUAGGAAGCAAGACUACGUUGGAGCAUUAGCAAAAUACACCAAGGCUAUUGCUCUGGAUGACAAGAACGCUGUUUUGUAUGCGAAUAGAGCUGCUUGCCAUCAUGGGUUGAAUAGAUACCUAGAUGCUGUUGAUGACGCGAAGAUGGCUACGCAGAUUGAUCCAGGUUAUGCAAAAGGGUGGUCACGACUAGCAGCAUCUCGAGACGCCCUCGCGGAGUGGGAGCGAAGUGCUGAAGCGUGGCAGAAGGCACUGGAUGCACUCCCCAAAACCAACCUCAAUCAAUAUAGUGCCGGUCUGGAUGCAGCCAAAACCCGUGGCAAGACCGCAGAGAGCCCCUCUGUUUCUCGUUUCAAAGCAGAGGAUGCCAAUCUUCCUUGGAAACUCGCGACGGAGAUGCUUCCUGAACUUCGGAAAGCGGGUCCCGAAAAAUACUCUAGCAGUGUGAGUUUUACUUCUCCAGGAGGCUUUGCCUAUGGCGGAAAUACGAUGGGCUUGACGUAUUUGACCAAUGGUUUGAUGCGUGACGAGCGCGCGUUCCAUCUAAAUGGCUCCGACUGGAUUACCAAGUACAAUAACCAAGUCAAAUUCGAAGCUACGGCUCGCCAAGCCUGGCACUCCGAUGGGGUCGAAAAUAUCAAGGAACUGGCACAGAAACGCUUGAAGGAAAAGGGAUGGAGUAAUGUACGCCCUGCUUUGUCGGUGACAGUUCGUGCAUGGAUAAUGAGGGGCAUGUUGGACGGCCAUCUCAGAAACAAACCUGACACCGGUGUUCAGUUUUUGAAACGGGCUGUCGACUUGCUUGAAUGGGGACGAAAUGUUUGGAAGAAUGUUCACAAGGAUGAUCGUGGAGCGAUUUUCCAGGAUACGUUUUUGCGAGGUGUGCGUAGCUUGCACCUGAAGAUGUUUAUGAACGCUUACAUCGCCGAUCCUGGCUUGAACUCCAAGUUCCCCCUUGAACAUCUGAAAGAAGAAGCCGAAGACCUCCUCAAAGAGAUUGAGAUAGCAUCAAAGAACCCUAGUAAGGAGGAAGUUGACCCUGGCAUGGUAUCGUCUUUCUGUAUAUAUCCUGCUGCAGUUGCUUAUACGAUGAUAGGAUUCUAUCAUGCACAGACAGCUCAGCAUAGCGAUGACGUUCUCGCAUGCAUUAGCUUUGCGAAUGGGGCAAGUGCGUACUUGCAGGCAGCUAAAACGUACCCUGAGGACGACGAAUUCCAUGCAUUUUACUUGAGCUGCGCUAUGGAUUGUAUGCGAAAUGCCGGUCUCCCUAUUCGCGACUUCAACCUAGCUGCCGUUACUUUACGGGCAGCCGUGCCCAAGAUGAUGAAGAUAUGGACAGUCUCUGCUCUGCAGCAAGGUGGACGAGACGAGAAAAUACAAGCAAACUUGCGCAGCGCAGAUGAGACAAUGAAGCUUGUCGCCGAAGGGAAGUUGACACUGGAAGAUCCUGUGCCUUUGUGACUCGUGUAAUUGUACGCUCUUGUGCUUUAUAUAAAAGUAUCUUUCACAGAAGAUACGGGGACCUUCUGCAGAUGCGCAACCCGUGGCAGGGGGAUAAUAAUGAUACUCAGGCCGUUACUGGAGCACCUGUAGGAUGCCGCAGUGCCCGGCUGAAUCUAUAGAUCUGCCAAAAAUCGAGACAACUCAGUUAAGCGUCUUGGUCAAGAAUAGUGGUGACAUAACUAAUUCGACCACUGUUCGCUUCACGAACAUCUCGAGAUUGACGUCCGCGCGUGGACGAGGUCGGAGCCUCAUGAUACGAAUGACCAAUUGACCCGCCGAAUUCCUCAUAACACUGAGAUAGCCGGAUUAUAAUCCAUUAGACUGUUUGUUCGUGAUAAAACAUAAGAGCAUAGAGUAGUCACGUUGAGUC